CACAUUUAAGCAACUCCUUCCUAUAUACCUUUCGUCUGCCAUGCGGUGCUUACCUCAGCCGCUUCGGAUACAACUCCUCCUCUUCUACCAGCUGGCCGCUAUCACCAGUAGCCGUCCAGAAACUCUUCUAAAUCUACACUAUCAGAACCUUAUACUUACUCUCAUUUAUAAUCCGGACGGAGAGCGUCCCCAAUUAUUUAUUUACUUAACCCCAGAGUUUACCAAGACUUUCUUGGGUGAGAAGAAACAAAACACUUUUUCUAUUCCAGAAAUCAUCUUUAACCCGACAUUAAUCCUCAGCCCCCACGUGUUUCUUUUAAAGAUGCUGUUUCGAAUCAAGACUUUCAAAAACUUCUCCAGAAACGGGCUAGUGGUCGACUGCCCCGAGAAUUUAUAUAAUCUGAAUAUUUUAAAUAGACUAAAAGAACAAGAACUGAAAUUGAACGACGAAGUUCUCGAUCGGUUUCGAGGAGGGGAAAUUAUAGGAUUCGAACAGAUUAUAAAACCGUACUAUCUCCGCUAUAGAGCAGCAAAAGCAUUUAAUAAUAGCCCGGAUGUUACCAACAAGCUCCAAAACAUAAUAUUACAGCAUGCUAGCAUCAAUACUUUCGUCAAACACUAUAGCAUGGGCAUUCACAUUAACGCUCAGACAAUUGUUCGGAGACUGCCGGCCCAGAAACAACUAAUACAGUUUGCAGUAUUUAUAAGCCGAUUAAUUAACCCCCGUCGACCUUACAAAUUAGAAGACACUAGCAUUAUCAGCAAGGUUCCAAAUAUAUAUAAAAUUCAGAAGAAAGUUAUUAAAAGAAAAGAAUUAAAACAGGAACUCCAAGGCCCCGCUUGUCUGGCAUUCGACGUUGUAGAGCGGCAGGAGAGAGAGUACAUACAUACGAUCCAAAAACAUACCCAGGCACAACGUAUGGCUCGAAAUAAUAAGAAACAACUCACUAAAAAAGUAGUAGAUAAAAAGUAUAUAGGUGCUCUGAAGCGGAUAGGAUAUAUAACUCCGCAGCAUAUCAUCUUAAUCAAUAUCAUCUUAACCAUACCAGGCUCUACUGUUGAGAAGGAGUAUCAACAUCAAAUUGCUGUAAUCAACACAGUUAUCACUUUCUGUGAUGUGGAAGAAGGUUUUCCUAUAAGACGACCAAAAGCUACUCAGAAACAACGCCCUUCAUCUAAGGACGGAAAGACCACACUUUUCCUUGCAUUUGCGUCUGUCUGUAUUAAAGCUCGAUAUAAGCGGCCGACAAUUUGUUUCCUCUGCCUUAGAAAUCCUCACAUACGGGUCAAAUGCAGUAUCUGUAGAAAAGACUUAAAGAGUAAAUCUGUAUUAAUAAACCAUACUGAGGGAGUAUAUAAAACUGUAUCACGUCGGCCGCUAUCUGCCCUUGGCCCAAUUUAG